AUGGAAGAUGCUGAGCCAAGAGUUAAAAAGAAGAAGAUCAAGCCUGGCUCUUUCCAGGGCCUUGGGCUAAGCUCACCGACCUACAAAGCCAUUAUGAGAAUGGGCUACAAAGUGCCCACUCCCAUCCAGCGCAAGACGAUUCCAACCAUUUUGGAAGGUCAGGACAUGGUGGCUAUGGCCCGCACGGGUUCCGGCAAGACGGCAGCCUUUCUGAUCCCCAUGGUUGAACGCUUGCAGAGCCAUUCCACCUCCGUGGGCUUCCGCGGUGUGGUGCUGUCACCCACCCGGGAACUCGCGAUGCAAACGGCCAAGUUCUGCCGACAGCUCUGUAAAUUUGGUGACCUGCGAUGCUGUUUACUGGUGGGAGGACAAGGAAUGGAGGCACAAUUUGAACAUUUGGCGAACAACCCUGACAUGGUCAUUGCCACCCCAGGCAGAUUGAUGCAUCACAUUUUGGAGGCAGAGCUUUCACUGUCUCGGGUGGAGAUCUUGGUUUUUGACGAAGCAGAUCGUCUCUUUGAGUUAGGUUUUGCGGAACAACUACAAAAGAUUCUGGAUGCAACACCCACAUCUCGACAAUGCUUGUUAUUCUCAGCCACCUUGCCAGCACAGCUGGUCUCCUUCAGUCGUGCUGGAAUCAAAGACCCAGCCUUUGUGCGCCUAGAUGUAGAGACUUCACUUAGUGAGUCGCUGGAUCUCUGGUAUUUGUUCAUCCGGAAAGAUGAAAAAAUUGCAGCUGCCAUCUCUGUUCUGCGGCGCUUUCAUCGGGAUGAGAAGACCACCAUCAUGUUUGUGGCCACCAAGCACCACGUGGAGUUCUUUGGCGAGCUGCUCCAACAGCAGGGCCUGCCAGCUGCCAUGGUCUAUGGCACCAUGGACCAAACGGCUCGUCAGGAGCAGGUUGCAAAAUUUCGAAAGAAGCAAGCAAGGAUUCUAGUCACCACAGAUGUGGCGGCUCGUGGUGUGGACAUUCCACUGCUGGACCAUGUGCUGAAUUUCGACUUUCCCUCAAGUGCAAAGCUGUUUAUUCACAGGUGUGGCCGUACAGCGCGCGCGGGGCGCUCGGGGCUGGCGGCAUCACUGGUGACGUUGGAUGACUUGCCAUACACUGUGGAGCUAAUGACCUUUCUGGGACACAAGUUGCAGCUUCCGGGUCAGGAUGAUUCGGAUCGGAAGACUCCAGUCAUCGGCGCCUUACCACCCUUGGAUCAUGAAAUGGAAGCCAUCAGUGGCAUCAUCACAGAAGAGGGCUCCAUGUUGAUGAGCCUUCACAAGUCCAUGUUGGCCUCCUACAAUUUGUACAACAAGACUCGCCCUUCAGCGUCCAAGUCCUCAGUGGCCAGGGCCAAACAGUUGCUGGAGGAAUGUGGUGGUGCUGCUCAGCUACAAAGUAUGCUACAUCCUUCGUUCAGCACCGAAGAGUCGGCAAAGCAGCAUGGUCACCAGCCAGGAUCUGCGAUCACCUCCAGUUCGGAUAUGUCUUACAUCCGAACUCUGCGAGGUUUUCGACCCAAGAUCGAGAAGCUCGGGAACGUUUUGUCCGUGAAUGCUAUGCGCACCAUGGAGCAAGCCAAGUUGGAUGCUGCUGCGGUCUCUGCCACAGUGUCGCCAGAGGAAACUGAAGCCAUCUUUGCCAAGCAAACAAAGUCCAGGGCGCCCUCCCCCGCCGCUGAUGAUGAUGACUCCACGGCACACACUGCGGGACCAUCCGUGAAACCUCAGCGUGAUAAGCCACGAAUCUCCAAGAAGGCUCGGAAGCAGGGCCGACAAGGUGGAGCUGUGCACGACGAUGGAGACUUUGAUGUGAAAGUCUAUGGUGAUUCCAAGCGGGAAGCUGAAAGUGAGCAGUUCUAUCUGAGCACUGCAGUGGAUCUCACUGAUGAGGCUCGAGAGCGAGGAUUCGAUAUGGAGCAGUAUCAGAUGGAUCUUUUGCCAGAUGAUUCCUCGGAUAUUAAGAAGGCAAAGAGCGUGAUGCGGUGGGACGCCAAGCGCAAGAAGUAUUUGCCCACCAUGGUCACUGUGGAUGGCAAGGCUCUGAAGGGCCAGCGUCGCAAUGAGAGCGGUAAGAAGGUCAAGGGUGAGGCACAGAAAAGUAACAUCUACGAGAAAUGGUCCAAGGCUACGAAGCGGCGAAUUCAAAAGGUUGGGGAAGUGGAAGAUGUCGAUGCCCUCGGCAAACUGAGGAAGACACAAUCGAACACCGUGGACUUCGAUGCCGCCGGAGAAGUGGAAGAUCCGACGGUUCGAAAGCCGAUUGUACCUUUCCAUGGGAAGGUGUCCGAGCAAUAUUUGACACACAAGCAGAAGAGGGCGCUGAACAAGCGAGCCAAGCUGGAUUCUGUGUUGGAAGGAGAAGGGAAGAAGGAACUGAAGACCCCACAGCAGAUCCAACUGGAAAAGAAGCAACGCGAGAAGAACAAGUUGAAGCAAAAACCCUGGCUACGAAAGCAGCGGGCCAAAGAAAACAAAGAGGCCCGCAUGAAAAAGCGAGAGGAACAGCAGAUGCGCUACGGUGCCCGCACCAAAGCGAAGAUGCUGAUUUUCGAGGGCCCAAGGCAAUGGAAGAAGCGCAAGUCUGAUUGUCACAAGAUCUAUUUAUCGACCACCGCCGCAGAACAUAUGGUCAGGCGGCGCGAUGGACAGCCCUUCGAUAAGAGCAGCUACUACAGUCAGCCUGAUGACUACGAGCCCAUUUUUCAGGACACUGUGUUGCCAUAUGCCACAGUGGUCUUGAAUGGUAUGUACUGGGAUGCUCGGUUUCCUCGUCUCUUUUCGACGCAGGACCUGCAUCGUCACGCGGUGAAUGGACGGGACAAGCUUCUGGGGGUCUGUGAUAUCACCUGCGAUGCAGACGGUUCCGUACCCACGCGUCAGUUUGCAAGCAUCGAGCAGCCUUUUCACAUUCUGAACGCAAUGACCGAAGAGAUCUCCCCGUGCUUGGAUGAUCCGGGGAUCCUGUUCCAUGCGGUGGAUCACUUGCCAUCCGAGCUGCCUAGAGAGUCCUCGGAACACUUUGGCGAUUGCUUGUUGCCUUUCCUUCCCAGUCUGGCCUCGAACCUCGCGCCACUAUCACCUCUUCCUGGUGAUGCCCUGGCUGGCUCCGAGAGCUUGCCGAUGCAGAUUCGCGGGGCCAUUAUCACAGAGGGUGGGCAGUUGGCUCGCGAUUACCGCUAUAUCCAGCAGCUGCGAGGUGUCCGAGAAGGAAAGGUGGUUGAUGCAGUGGAGGAGAACAUUUCCACCGUCCCGAUGCCUCCCGCAUGCUGUACUUUGGAAUUCACCGGACAUUUGUUUGAUUCGCGUCUCAUCAAUCGCGUGGCGGACUUAUGUGAGGAGUCCGUGGCGCGAAUGCAGAUCUUGGUGCUUGACUUGGGAAGGACUGUGAAUGACGAGAGCUUUUGCUCGAUGAUGGUGAUGGCUUCAUCGGAAAAGAGUCUGGCGAAACUGGUGGCGAAGUUGCAGACUGCAGCCACUGAAGCUGGUGUUUCCCACCGGCAAGCCACAGCAGGGGCCUUGCCAACAGCCAGCAAGGACUUUUCAGAGCCUUCGGUGUCCAGUCCUGGCAAAAAGGUGUUGGUGCUGGGCUCCGGCCACGUGGCUCCUCCUUUAAUCGCCUACUUGACGCGGAAGGCCACGGAGGUUUGCGUCGUCAGCGUGGAGCAGAAGGAGCUCAACGCUCUGAAACGGAUGCCAGGGAACGAAAGAGUGCAGACGGAGGUGGUUGAUGUGGCUGCGGCUGAAUCAACUCCUGAAAUUGCCCGCAAGUUGGAGGAUUUGGUGAAGGCAUCAGAUUUGGUGAUCUCACUCCUUCCUGCACCGAUGCAUGUCGGAAUCGCGAAGCAUGCCAUCCAGCAUGGCGUGUCAAUGGUGACUGCUUCUUACGUCAGUCCAGAGAUGAGCAAAUUGAACGAAGAAGCAGAGAAGGCAGGCGUGCUGAUUCUGAACGAGGUGGGUCUAGACCCAGGCAUCGAUCACCUGAGUGCCAUGAGCAUGAUCGACACUGCGAGGAGCACAGGCGCCGAGAUCAGUCGCUUCGCUUCGCUCUGUGGUGGUUUGCCUUCGCCAGAAGCAGCUGGAUCGAACCCUUUAGGUUACAAGUUCAGCUGGAAUCCUAGGGGCGUUUUGGUGGCUUCCCAAAACUCUGCGCGCUUCAAGGAGGAUGGUCUUUUGCGAGACGUUCCAGGGGGAGAAUUGCUGGCCCAAGGGAAACCCAUCACCAUCAACAACGCCUUCGCUCUGGAUGUCUUGCCAAAUCGGGACUCUACGAUGUUUGCCGAGCUCUAUGGUUUGGCGGACAUUCCCACCUUCUUCAGGGGAACGUUGAGGUUUAGAGGCUUUUGCGAGCGCAUGCUGGCUUUGUCUCGAUUGGGCCUUCUGCAACUGGGGCCUAUUCCUGGGCUCAAAGAUACAGGCUCUCAGAGAGAAUGGCUGGAACAAGUGAUGUUCGGCGUUUUCCCUGAGGCGUCCCAGAACGAAUCCCUCAGUGCCUCGAUUCGGACACGCUUAGCUUCCACCGGUAGCAACCCGGAGGUCGGCUUGGAGUUUCUGAGUUGGCUUGGACUUCUGCAGGACCAACCACUUCCACCCGGCUGCGCUGCAGAUCGCCCCCUGGAUGUUGUCGCUCAACUGUUGCAGCGGCCAGAGACAGCCUAUGCGCCUGGGGAACGUGACUUGGUGGUGAUGCGACAUGAGCUGGACGUCCGACGGAGCGAUGGACAACUGGAGCGCCAGGUCUCCACCUUGAUCCAAUAUGGUGAGCCGCACGAGACUGCCAUGGCCAAAACGGUGGGCGUCACAGCGGCCAUUUGCGCCCAGCUGAUCUUGGAUUCUCCCAGUGGACAUUUUGGUUUUGGCGAGUGGUACCAACCAGUGCUCAGAAAGCUGGAGGCAGGGUGGAAGUGCAAAACAUGCAAGGUCCGUCCGACACGCAGCGGCGUAGCUCAACACAGACCCCAAGAUGUUUAG